AUGUAUGCGAUUUACAAGCAAACGCACCCUCCAACAGGAGUGGAACAUUGCGUGCAUUGUCACUUUAUGUCACCAGUAGAAAGUAAUCUGGUCGUGGCCGGAACGUCUCAACUUCGAAUUUACAGAUUUUAUAACCACGAAGAGGUAGGAUUUAAAGAUUUUUGUCAUGAGUGAUUUUAUUCAAGUGUAGUCGUCGGUUAAACCUUUGAUAAUUAAUACUGGAUACAGUAACAAUUAGUGAUUAAACUUUAGGAGCCGGCCCACAUGUACCGAGCAGCUGCAUGUAGGCUGAACUGAGGUAUAUGACGAAUGGUCGCUUAGAGGAAGCUCCGCGGAUCCAAUUAAACGAAAAUUUAAUACAGAAAUAAAUUUCCAUGACACAAGCAGUUGACUACUACUACUAAACGACCUUCAGCCCUACAGAUUUUGCAGUCUGACAAAAUUCACACUAUAGAUAUUAAAUUAGUGCUCUUGUUCCUUUAGCCUUUGCUGGGAUACUUGUAUCAACAGGAAGAAGGGGCAAAUGGAAAUAUGGGACUCUGUAUGAGUAUUUUGAUGAAAUCAAAGUUGCAAUGAUAGCUAUGAUAAAAUGACGAUCUUAGACGUAAAGCAAUAACAUCUGUAAGGACAACUGCAAGGCAACUUCUUGGACUUGUUGGGCAGCAAUGAUAUAGCAGGGUUGAAACAAUAAUAUUUAUUUUUUUCUCCUUUUCUUUCAAAGCCUACAUGUAUUAAUGAUAGAGUAAACAGAAGGGAUAAAUUCUGUGACUGAAAUCUGUAAAUGAAACUUGUUCUUACAGCACAACACAGCAACAUCAGCAUCUUCAGAGAAGGUUGCAGGUUUGUUUCUUCCUGUUAACCGCUGUUUGAAAUCCUAAGCUUCACCAUCAACCUACCCUGCGAGCAGAGGCUACAUUUUUGCGGUAUGAGCUGGCUUGCGAAAAGUAGCCUCUGCCGACAAUCGUUCAAAUCCGUCCAGAAAUCUGGACGAAAAAUUAAAAAACGGGUUUUUUCUUGUUCUUGACUGGUUUAGAGUAUUGUGUGAGUCUUGCGUCAGCAAAUGAACACUGACCAUUUUUGCGCCUUCAUGCACCCUUCGCGCCAAAUUCUCGCAUAUGAACGCGGAUCAACGCAGCUCGUAUAGCUCAAACGUGGCAACAGGAAAAGUUCAAAACAAUUUCAAAAAUCCCUGUUUAUGUAUUUAAAAGAGCGUCGUCAACAACUUGAAUAAGCUCUGUAUUUGAAAGCUGUCGGAAUACCAAAACAAGCUGCUGCCGGUGCUUCUUGUGGGACCAUGUAAAGAUCGUUAAUUUAUCAUAUGGUAGUUCUUGUUUGCCAGGAAAAGAAAAUGGAUACUGCGGUGAUUUUUGUUGUGUUGCCUCUCAAUGCAAGGCUAAAUGCACUGUUUUAAGACACAGAUGGGAACCGGAAUGUUCAAAAGAAUCAUCGAUCAGUUUUCUUUUAGUGGAAAAAGCAGAAAAAAAGCUCUUAGCUGAACACUGAUUCGCCCUCAAGGACUUCAACCUGGUUGGUUUCUUCACGGUGGAAGGCUUGUCCUGUUCUGAAAAGAAACCAAGGCGGCAAAGUUUUUAAAGAAUUUUCAGGUACAACUUGCACAUUAAUGGUCAAGGAAGUUCCGUUUUUAAAUGGAAAUUUAAGUAUUUAUAGUUGUUUCAUAGAUGUUUUAUACGACUUGAGACGAAUUUUGUCAUUGACAUUUGAUGUCUUCGGCAGCUUUUACUUGCGUGAAAUGAUCCACGAUCCAGUUAGUAUUACGCGAGUUGCUUUUAAUGAUCAAAUUAUGGGUUUUCAAAUAAAACUUUUCGAUAAAUAAUUUUUUUGACUACUGUUUUGUCUACAUUCUUUCAUAACAUUAGUUUAAAACACAAUCGUGAGAGUACAGCAUCCAAUUUAUUUCAAGCAUCACUUCUGCGUAGCGUUGUCGGCGAAGUUAAUUUUUCACUUUGAGCACAACUGUGGUUUACUGGAUCUGCUUUUGAUAGAUUAAAAGUAAGAAAAUUUUUGAAAGCUUAUUUGCACCCUAAGUUAACUGCUUAAAUGGUCACGAAACUACCAUUUUUUGAAAUGAAAACUUCGUAAAAACGGGCCGGUGGAGUAGUCGUUUAUAAAUGGGUUAUAACAGCGCUCCGAAAAACGUUUUAGAACAUUUUUCCAGCUUUUGAUAUAUAGCGUCAAUGCGUCUGUAGCAAUUUUUACAAACACAUGAAGAUGGUUUAACUCUGGCCAACAGAUCAUAACAUUAGUGAUAGACAGAAUUUACUACAGUUGAUAGCAUUAAAAUACUUUCCUAAAAAAGACGAUCCAUGGAAAUUUUGCGGCUAAAAUACUUAAAACCAGAGGGGGCGAAGCAGAAAAACAAAACAAAAGCUCGAGGAGAGUAGUUCGCAGGUAGUUUUCGCAAGUUUGAUUCCCACGAAACUCGCGCAGAUUUGACGAACCAGUUGCUUGCGAAUUGCGUGAUGAAUUUUGCGCAUGCACGAUAGAAAAUUGAAUGGUUGUUGGCAGAGGCUACUUUUCGCAUGCCAGCUCGUACAGCGAAAAUGUAGCUUCUGCUCACAGGGUACCAUCAACCAGAUGAUCUAAAUGUUAUGACAUAGUUGUGACUAUGACAUAUAGUUGACAGCUGUUUGCAUACGACCACAUCAGCUUUGCUGAAUUUUUAAUCAAGUUUAAUUAAAUGCUGUUAUUAUUAUUAUUAUUAUUAUUAUUAGUGUGUAUUUGGUAGGCUCAUAAAUCCUUAUAACAAAGUGACCACUGUUAGGCAAACAAUAACAUGCCUACAUGCAGUGUAAAGACACCACAAGUCUUUCCAUGGAGUGCUGGGUUAGCUGUACUCAAUAGUUUGACUAUUUCACUAAUCUGGGAUACAAUCAAUGAAUUUUGAUAAGGCAAAGAAAUAGAUUAAAAUUGGUUUCACAGUACAGAAGUACCUACAUGUAGUCUGUACUGUGAUGAUAUUAGGUGGCAGGCAACAUGGAUGAUGAAGUUUUUGAAAAGUGAAAUAAUAAAAUUAUAAGUGCCCACAUUAUUCAUUUGUGUUGUUGCAUAUUUUUAAUCCCUUUUGCCAAAGACCUUUAAAUCUAUAAUUGGUUGUAUAACAACUUGAAUUUUGAGUCAAAUCUUAAUCCUUCAGUCGUUUUUCUUUACAGAUAGCACUACUAAAAGAAAGAAGUUAGAGCGACUCAGCCAAUACCCCUUGUUUGGUAACAUAGAGUGCCUUCAGGCGGUUAAGCUGGCAGGAAACACAAGGGAUUCACUGUUGAUGAGCUUCAAGGAUGCUAAGGUACAGUGAGUAAUAAUAUUAUUUUAAACUCAUGUUAAUGGAAGGUCGCCUCAGACAACUGCCGUUCAAUUUUAUGACACUGAGCAUACACUGUCCUGAUGAUGUACCUUUAGAGAACUUAGAUUAUCUUUAUAGGUAAAUUGUUGUAACACUUAAGUUAAACUGGCAUCUCAGAGCAGUUUAAAUUGAUAAUAAACAACACUUUUGUAAUGCACGCAGUUUAAAUACACAAAUAUCAAGAUGGCCUUAUAAUCAGGACACAGUCCCAUGGUGUUCAGUUUGUGCACACAAACAACAAACCUCCUUUAUCUCCCAACUAUAAUGGUGUAAAUCCUCCAUAUAGGCAGCGUUUCUAAUCUCCCUCAUGAGCACCUUAUGCACUGGAUAAAGUGAGAUGAAGGCAAAGUUAUAAGAGAGCAAUGCUGAGUUUUAGUGGAAAGGGACUGAGCCUAUUCAUACAUGUACUUUACAGUUUCUUCCAUGGGGAAUGAGAGUGGCAAGAAAACUAACUGUUUGCUUUCAUGCAAUUGUGACUUAGUCCACAAAGGAUAAUAAAACAACCAACGCAACCCAGACAAUUCCAAUUUCGUUUAAUUUGAAAAAUAACCAAACUAAAGGAGGCCAAUGCAUUCGGCAGAAGCUAAAAAUAAAAUUUGCAUUCACUUCCAUGUAAUGUAAACAAACACUAAAACUGACUUUAAGGUCGCUUCGCUGACAGUGAAGAUGACCUUGCACACAAUAGAUUUUGUGUAAGAAAACCACACAAAAUAAGUAGCUAGAACUUGAACUGGACCCAACAAUUUCCAGUGUAAUAAAUGACAAAAAUAUGGAAAAGGCCUGAACUUGAUUAACAAACUUUCACUGCUGUUAUGUACUUCGUAAACACCUGCGUUGGCAUGUCUGAGCACUAAAACUAAUACACCAAACACAAAAUCCUGAAAAUGCCUGAACUGGAUUAACAAACCUUCACUGCUGUUAAGUACUUCGUAAACACCUGUAUUGGCAUGUCUGAGCACCAAAACUAAUCCAUCAAACACAAGUGUUUUACAAAGUAGGCAACUAAUACCUGAGUCUAAAUGUCCCUAACACUUACUUCUGGCUGCACAAAAACUUGUUCCAGCUAUGAAAUGAAAAUUUUAUGAGCUAAUCUCAUGUCACAAAAUGACGUGUACUGAUUGCUUUGUCGAUAACAAAGAUCACACACUGCAUUUGGAGCACAUUACAAAAUUACUUCUGAACAAAUAAAUAACAUAUAUGAUAUCUCAAAAAUGGUUACACAACAAAUACUUGAAGGUUCUUGGCAAAACUCAAUAUUAAAUUAACCGGCUUACUGGCAAAGAUCUGUCAAAGAUUUUCCUCUCUUACUAUAAACCUCUGAGUGACACGAUGUACCGGGAGUUGCCUUAUGACCAGGAAAACACAUGAUACUGCUCGCGACAACAGAAACUGCGAUUGGUUAAUUUUAAUUCAUUGACAGUGCAGCUUGUUAGUGGCUACCUCAGAACAUUGAAAUUACUCAGCCAUGAAGCGUGAGCAAAACGUUAUUUUUUAAAGGCAAAUUCGAGACAUGAUAAUAAAUUCAAAUGCAAGCGGCAUUAAAAUGAAAUGAACGCUAAAUUGCUAAAAUGAAAUGAAUGCGGCCAAGGUAACCUUGCCACACAAUAGUAGCAGUGUAAUAAUCGACAAUCAGCUUAGGAUUAAACAUCAUUUUAGCCUAAAAUCAAAUUUGACCUGUAACACUUAUACUUAAAGAACAGAGUGGAUUGCCUUCAAUUACAUUAAAAUUGAGCUUAUGUCAAGACAAGCUUACUCAACCUGUUUCUCUAGGGCUUCUUGUUUUUUUAAAAACUGCAUUUAUGGGAUUCAAAAUUGCAACUGAUUGGUCAUUGGACCCUCAACUGGCAUGUCUAAACAUCAGCUAGAAAUGAUGAUUGUGAUUUACAAAUGGACAGUGGGGUUCUCUUCUACCUGUCUCUGGUUGGGUCUGGUCAUGUGACUCCAGAACAAAAUUAAUUCUGAGGGGGGAGUCCUUUGUCUAAAGGUACAUCUGUAAAUAUAAAAAGGACAGUUCAAACUGCUAUACUGGAAAACAUAAGAAGACAAGAUUAAAUAGACUAUACAGCUAGCGGGGUUUGAGCCAGGCCGCGCCAUUGCGCCAAUCCCGCACUGCAAUUGGAAUUGUCCCUUUAAGAAACGGCCAAGGGGACAACUUGUCCCCUUCAAAUUUUAGGGAAAAAACUCGAAAGGAAGCACACACGAAGAGAUUUAUUUCAGUACAGAAAUUGCAAGCUGAAACAGAACGUGGAAGUAUAAGCACCUUAAAGUUCACCUUAAGCAUCUUUAAAGUUCAUUCCAAAGUUACAUUUCAGUCACGCUCUACUGCUAUUUGCUGAUUCUUCGCGCGGUCGCGGAGCCGGGAAAUUCACAAAAACACGAAAAAUACUGCAAAAUUCGGUAGAAAUCUUAUCAAAUACAUGUCUGUACAACAUAUUUGAAACUUAUUUCAGCUAUAGGGGCUAUUUACUUGCCGUAAACUUGCAAAUUUAUCUUUACUUCGUCACUGAAACGUGCUAACAGAUUGUGUUGUGAAAAACUGGGCACUAGCCAUGAUGUUAAAGGCUUUGCCAUUGGUUCAUUUCUGGAGCGUAUUUUUGUUGAAAGAGCAACUGGUGACCUGUGUUAGAAAAACGUUAAAAAGGCUGGUCUGAUCAGCACAAAACCGAUCGAUUUCUAGCGAGAUUUGCCUUGAAAAUAACCACAAAAUCGGCCGUUUUUUACCGAUUGCUUUUCGGUGAAGUUUGCCCCGAAAACACCUGCGAAAUCGGCCGAUUUUUCCGCGAAUUUGUCCCUAAAAAUCCCGCAAAAUUUGCCUUUUUCUUCCGAGACCUAUCAGAAGCCCUUCUAAGAAGACAAACCCCUUUGCAUCAGCAGAAGGGUGUACAAAUUUCUGUCCCCCUAAAAAUGAAAAUGUCCCCCAAAAUUUUAGCCAAGGGGACAAAUUGUCCCCCAGUGAUCAAAUCCUAGCUCAAACCCUGAGCUAGUAAAUGUGACAAACGACAAGACUAAUAUUCCAUAAAUAAACUGACAAACAUACUUUUGCAUAAACUCAAAAAAAUGACCAAAAAAACGAGGCUACAGUAAUGGCACUGUAUGAAGAAACUGACAUAGAAAUAAAAAUAAGAAAAGACAAGCAGUCCACCAGGCUACGAGCAUAUUGUGAUAUAACUACGUGUUUUACUACCUUGAAGUAUAAUAGGCCCUUUGUAGCUUGUGGUCACGUGCCUGACCAAUCUCAAGUUAAAACAAAGCAUGCAAACUUGAUUAUACCAAUGAUUGGACCUAUUGCUGACUCAAAUUUUUUUUCCUGUGGUUGCCAGCUCCUGAAUAAAGAUUUUAACUCUCAGCCCUGACUUACCACAGAUAUAUAUUUUAUUAGUAAAAUUCAACUAGUGGUCUAUUACUAAUGCUGCAUUCUGAUUGGUUGAGCUACUAUUAGGCUAUAUGUUAUAGCCCACCAGUAGCAAAAAGUGCGGGCUUUUUGGCGGCAAAAAAGGAUUAAAUUCUAGCUUUAACCAGCUAAAUUUUUUUUAUUCUCGAUAUUUUUGACCAACUAGUUGGAUUUUACUGUGGCCUGUGAGUCAAUAGUCCAUUCGGCCUUAGGUAUCAUGGGCUUUCGACUCAGAGCCUAUUCGGGCUAGAGGAAUAAUUUUUAAAUAUCUUUUCAGUUUGCCAUAGUUGAUUAUGACCCUGGAACUCAUGAUCUGAAGACCAGAAGUCUGCAUUUCUUUGAAGAUGAAAAAAUAAAGGUAAGUUCUCAAAUCAUCAUGUAAAUAUUGACUGUAACUACAAAUGCAAUAAUGAUGCAUCUUCAGGUUUUGGGGCGACUACGCUAAUGUUGAGCUCAUGUCUUACUACUUACUCCACUGUAUCCAAGAGAAUCGACAUGACAAAAUUCUUCCUCCGAUAAACUCACUCAGUCCAACAUGACAGUUUGGAAUUCGUGUGCCUCCAAACCAGUAUCAUCUUCCAAGGUUUUCUUUAGCGUAAUUUUGGGGUGACCCACUCGUCUCCACUCAUCAGGUUCCCAUAACAGAACUCUGCCAGCUGGCUCAUUGGGUCUUGACACGUGGCCAGCCAAACUAAGUCAUUUUUGUCAAAUGAUCUCAGUGAGACGAGGGUUCGAGCCGUAGAGAAAA